UAAAGAGUCAAGUCUAUUAAAAACAUAAUCAUCUUAAAUGAACAGUAGAGGCCUCCGGGUGAGUGUGUGGUGUGGCUUGGAAGAGCCAUGCCUGUGCCCAGAGAGUCCCAUGGGGCCACACUGUUUGGAGUCUAGUCUUGGGGAAGCCCAGGGUCCCACAGAUGGGACAGGACAGGAAAGGAGUCCCCAGGCUCCUCUUCAUGCCUCCAAAACUAGAGAGAACUUCAAAGCCUUCUUCCCCUUCUCUGUUCAGGCCCCCUGGGAAACGGACAGCAGUGGUGUCCUUCCUACUGGAAAGCUUGCAGAAAUUCGGACCAGGCAGCACUCAUCAGAGCGGCCCAGAGUGGCUGCAGACGCUUCAUAAGGGGUCAGCAGUGCUGGUCCCUUCCUCCUAGGAGGAGCACUUGGUGCUCCUACAGGGGCCAGCAUGGUCGUAUAUAAUCAGUCCUUAAGACCUGCUCCCUUUACAGGUGACUUGGGAAGAGCCAUGGUGGGGUGCCGUAGCCUUAGCCCCGGGGCACUGAGAGGUUGGAGCAUCAGGUGAGUAGAAAUCCACACAGCUGGCCAGCUCCCCUAGUCCGUGGACAGAUGGACUGUGGAAGCCCUUCCUCUUCUUCUUCCCCAGGGCUGUCACCCUGUAGUCUCUGGACAGAGGUCUCCCAUGAGUCACCGGCCCCAGAGGAAAGACCUGGUCUGACUGCAGAUGUUCUCAUUCUCUUUGUUUCCCUGGUCUCUUGGGGCCAUCUGAGUUAAGCUGAAUGAAGAGCAGGUGAGGCGCACAGGUGCUGGGUGUAGGGCAGAAGUCUCCAUGGCAACAGAGCCAUCUGGCUUUGCUGCCUGGCAUUGGAGCCUUGUGACUUCACAGCGGAAUCUUCUCACAGCGGGCAGGAGAGGUUGCCCGGUAAAGAGGGUGGGGGAGGGGCUUUGGCCUUCUCGCUCUAGUCUGAGGCUUAGGCUUCUUCCUGUCAGCAUCUGGGGCUCCAGUCAACUCCAGAAGACUCCAAGUGGCAAGUGCUAGUGAGUGUGAGUGGCGUAGCACGUGGGCCAUUCUCUGCUGAAGCCCUCUGGGGAAUUGGAGGAAUCACACCUGGUUUCCUUCAAUCCAAGCCUAGCAGGUGAAGAGGAGCCAGGGCCCCAGGAGGAAAGACAGAAGUGUGGAUCUUUCCCACCCAGAACAGCCUGUCCUGGUCAGCACCCUCUCAAUGGCAGGAAGGACAACUCAGAAGAGCCACGAGACUGAGUCCAGUGCCUUGAUCUCUCUGAGCCUCCUGUUGGGGGAGGACCCAGGACACCUGUUCCAGCAACCGCAGGCCACCAGUUCACAGGACCAGGAGCCACUUGGCUCUCCCAGCCUCUCUGAGCCGGGUUCAGAAUACCGGCCUUUCUUCCACAUUCCUGAGCAGCCCCUGGCUAUGGAGGAGCUGGCUCAGCAGGUUGAACUCUGCCCAGGACACAAAGCUGGCAGGAGCUGCAGAGAGGGUCUGUUCCUCGAGGAGUCGGCGCCACCCAGUGGCUUCUUCCCGUACUACCGCUCUCAGGAAGAGCUGCUCAACUGCACCACCCCUCAAGGCUGCUGGUGUCUGGGCACCAGAGACCGCUUUCCUGGAAGUGGGGCACAGGAUGGCUGCUGCAAGUGUGCUUUGGCAGGGCCUGACCUCCUCUCUGGCUUUUCAUCCUCACCAGCCUGCUGCCACUUCCUGGGAGGGUUCAUGCUUGACGGCGACCAGGAUCUUCCCCUCUCUGGGGACUGUGCUCUUGAUGCUUCAGGAUUUGUACCAUACUACAGAAGCCCUGAAGAGGGGCUUCACACCAGCCCGGUGCCUCCCUCCUCUGUGCUGGGGAGCUCGAGGGAGCGGGAGCGACCCCAACCUGGCACUGCCAGCCUGUGAGGAUGCAUCCGUGAAAGCCGUAGGGACUUCUGGGAGUGAACUUGCCAGUCGGGUGAGGGACGAAGAAAACUGGAGCUGAGGAUUCCACGGCUCAGUCCAUUUGCCCUGGGACCAUUCGUCCUUCCUGGGGCGUCCCAACACCGCCCCCGGAAAUCAACCAUCCUAUCCCAUCUAUCCCACUUUAUUCUCCUAGGCAGAAAGUCUGCCUGAUGAGGUGUGGGGGUGGGCACCACAAACGUGGCUGCAGAGGGAUUCCUGCUGUGCCCCCCAUCAGAACCUCAUUUGUCCUUCCGUAGCUUGUCACAGGCCUGGACACAGGGAUUCCCGACACAGGGAGCAGGGGCCUCCUGGACAACUUGGAGGUACACACCCCCGAAGCUGGCUUUGUAAAUAAAUCCUGUGGGCAUGGGUGCCUUACUA